AUGGAUUUUACCGAUAAUGUGGUGCCGGAGGUUUCUCAUUUCUCCGUCGCGAUCUACUUCGCUUUCGGUAGUUUGGCGGCGAGGUUCAUCCUCGACAAAUACGUUUUUCGCAGGCUGGCUAUCAGGAUGUUGACGAAGGGGAGAGUUCCGUCGCGGAUUAAUAAGGAAAUGCAAAUAAAGAUUGUGAAAUGCACGGAGUCGAUGUGGAAGCUAACGUAUUAUGCUGCAGUUGAAGCUUUUGUUCUUAAAUAUACCUUCAAUGAACCCUGGUUUACGAAUAGGAGAAUGCUAUUCGAAGAUUGGCCGAAUCAUGAGUUGAAGAGUCCCGUGAUGAUUUACUACAUGUGCCAAUGUGGGUUCUACAUAUAUAGCAUUGCGGCUAUUCUCCUUUGGGAGACUAGAAGGAAAGAUUUUGCAGUGAUGUUUACUCAUCAUAUAAUUACUGUAAUACUGAUUGGGACCUCAUAUCUAACAAGUUUUUUCAGGCUUGGCGCCAUGACCCUAGCCCUUCAUGAUGGAAGUGAUGUAUUCAUGGAAGCUGCCAAGGUAUUCAAGUAUUCUGGAAGAGAAUUUGGUGCUAGCGUGUGUUUUGCAUUCUUUGCAGUUUCAUGGCUCUUAUUGCGGCUAAUUUUCUUUCCUCUUUGGAUUAUUAGAACAACAAGCCUCGACCUUAAGAAGGUCUUAAACCUGUCAGAGACUUUGCCCAUGUUACUUUACUAUGAGUUUAAUUCAUUGCUCAUAAUGCUGUUCAUCUUCCAUAUAUACUGGUGGGUGCUCAUAUGUGCGAUGAUCAACAGACAACUGAAAAAUAGGGGAAAAGUUGGCGAAGAUAUUAGAUCAGAUUCAGAUGAUGAUUGA